GAAGGAGGAGGAGAAGGAGGAGGCGGAGUACCGGCGACGAGGAGCGAGAGAUGGCCGCGAGGAGGGCCGACGGCGAGACCUUGACGCCCGAACUUCCGCGUGCUCCGGCAGGCCCCGAGGAGCUCCCCCGCCGAGCCCGCGCGCCGACACCUCGCCCGCGGCCGCGGGCGCCCGUCUCCGGGCGCUCGCUGUGCGCGGCCGCGAGGCCGCAUCGGCUGGCGGCUCCCCGGUUCUCGAGCGGGAAGGCGCCCCGCCGGGCCGCGCUCGGGAGAACCUGGCGGAGGAGUCGGCCGUGGCGACGAGGGCCCUCGAGGACGAGCAGCGGCAUCGGAUAAUCCGUCGCUCUCGGCUACACGUCUGGUCGACCCUCUCUUGGAAAAGGGACGACCUGCCAGCGCACGAAAGAAAAAUGAGAAACCCGGACCUCCGACGCUGUGUUCUAAGGCCGCCGGAGAUCUGGGCGCGCGGCUCGCGCGCGCUGCGCAGCAGCCCUGUACUGCCGUCGCUGCGCUGA